AUGGAGGUCGGCGACUACUUCCUGGAUCUCAUUCUGGUGCCCCUGAGUAUCUCCCUCACGGCGGGCUACCACGCCUACGUCUAUCGGAGCCUCUCCUCCGGGCGGCGCCGCCCCCUCGCCGCCGUCAAGAUCGCUGUUCUGAGGAGGGCAUGGUUCAGCGCUGUCGUAAAGGUUUGAGGGAGAGAUCAUACCAUAGCUGCGGCCAUUCCGGCGGUGCAGCCGGGUUCCUCGCUUUCUCUGACCGCCGGGGUAAUUGCAGGACGACAGUAAGAAGGGCAUGCUGGGGCUGCAGAGCCUGAGGAACUCCCUGAUGGUGGCGAUACUCUCGGCGACUAUGGCGAUCGUCCUCAACACCGCGCUGGCGGCGCUCUGCAACAACGCGCUCAAGGCGGCGGCGCUGCUGCGGCACGCGCGGGCGUUCGGAGGGCAGUCAGGGACGCUGCUGGUGCACAAGUACGCGGUGGCGUCGAUGAUGCUGAUGCUCAGCUUCCUCUGCAGCUCUGCCGCCUCCGGAUGCAUGAUCGAGGGUGGGUUUCAAGUCAACGUGUCGGGGGUCGCCUUCAACGAGCACGCACGUUUGACUUUGGAGAGGGCGUGGCUGCUGGCAGCGGUGGGGAACCGGGUCCUCCUUGUGUCGGCGUCGAUGUUGACUUGGUUGCUGGGGUCGGUGCCCUUGGUAGUCUCGUCGGCGGCGCUCGUCUUGAUGCUCUACCAGAUUGACUUCCCCGUCGUGGUGCCGCCAGAGAUCCAAAUGCUUGAAUCAGAUUAUCCUUAA